GUAAAUGCAACACGACUAUAUAGCUCAUUCAGUGUGGAACGAGCGGAAAGCAAUUUAAAUCGUUUAAAUAUUAAAAAGUAAGAAAUAACUGGUUUAAACACUGAGAAUAAUGUACAGUUGCAGUCUUGACUUACCUUUCAUCUACCCAACACUAAAAUAAACUUACAAUUACUUCUUCUUCAAACUUUAUCACAUUUUUGACAAAAUGGUGCUAACAAUGGAGAAAUGGCACGGAAAAGUUGCAGUUGUAACCGGUGCAAGUACAGGAAUUGGUGAAGCUGUGGUCAAAAUGUUAUUAAAACAUAAAAUGAUUGUUGUUGGACUUGCAAGACGUCCACAUCUCAUCGAAGUUUAUAAACAAGACUUACCAGAAGAAGAAGCAUCAAACCUUCAUUCUAUAAAAUGCGACAUGCGAGUGGAAUCAGACAUUUUGUCUGUGUUUGCAUAUGUUUUGGAAAACAUCGGACCUGUUUCCGUGUUGAUUAACAAUGCAGGUAUUUCUCAUCAAACUACCCUCUCUGAUGGCGAUACGGAAAUGUGGCGGUCUGUUUUGGAGACAAAUGUGCUUGGAGUGUCGAUUGCUACAAGGGAAGCUAUCAAACAAAUGAAAUCGAAUAAUAUUGAUGGGCAUAUUGUGCACAACAGCAGUGUUCUCGGGCAUUAUGUGGCGCACAUUCCUAAUUUGAAUAUGUACAGUGCAUCUAAGCAUGCUGUGAGGGCUUUGGUGGAAACCCUCAGGCAGGAGUUACUUAGAAGUGGAACGAAAAUACGGAUUACUAGCGUAAGCCCAGGUCCCGUCGACACAGCUUUUCUUGAUGACAUCGGCGCAACAGACUUUCCCAAACUUCAACCGGAAGACGUUGCUGAUGCUUUUGAAUACGUCUUGAGCACCCCACCUCAUGUCCAAGUUCAAGAUAUCAUGAUACGUCCUUUGGGAGAACCCGUCUAAAAAUCUUAAACAAACUUGUUUAUUAUUUAACAAUAAUAGUAGAUUGUACAAAUAAAUAUUUCAUAUAGAUAUUUAUAUCUAUGCACACGCACAUAUAUCAACAAUUGAUAUAAAAAUAAAUUGUAGGUUGAAUAUUUCUCUAAAAUAUAACAUUAAAAAAAUAGCAGCCAUUUUGUUUCUAACCAAGAAUAUAACAUUAAAUAGUUUAUCAUUUGGUAUCCUUGUAUCAAUAUUGUUUUUAACAGGCACUUUAAAUUUUCAUUAAAACUUUAGAAAAAUUUGCUAAUUUUUGCCCUGGUAGAUUAAUCAUGACUCGUUUUCUGUGAAAAAUGUCAAUUUGGCAAACAUAACGGCGUCGUGCACACGAGGAAACACUUGAAAACGUGUUCCUUUAUUUGCUUCAACGU